AUGAGUUCUCAAUCGGAAGAACAGCUCGAUCAGCGCCGUCUUUCUCAACAAGCUCAAAAACCUUUUCGAACGUCUCACAGGGCACCAGCUGGAGAUUUUCCCCAAAGUACUCGAUUGCAGCUGAUUCCGAGUACGCCCCAGGCUCGCCCUGAUAUGCAACGCGGAGCGGAACCUCUCCAGCGUUCCAGUCCGGUGAAGACACUCCAUCCGAGUGAACGACAAGUUCAAUCAUUAAGUCUUACCGAUACGGCAGUUCCAGGCACAGUUUCGCACGCAGGCCAAGAGAAACUGCACCUGGAGGCGUCCAGUGCACAGCGUGCAGCGCCCGGCGGCGCGUGCACGGUGGCGUACGGCGCAGAGCCCGCAGAUCGCGCACGCAGCGAAUCGUGCGUGCAGCCGUACGGGCAGGCUGCGGGGCGCGCGGCGCUGGAAACGACCGUUGCGAACGCAGCGCUCUGCGUCUCUCGAGGUAUUGGUCCGCUCUGUGCUUUCGCGGUGAACGAAGCCAUGGACUAUUCGAAGAAAGCGUUGGAAAUCAAGAAUAUUGAACGGGAAGUCGAACUUUGUUGUUCAGAGAUUCAGAAAGCGGUUGAAGAUGCUGUACUACUCGUUAGGAACAGCUUCCACUCGCAGUUGAUUCGAAUGCCUCGCAAACUGAGAGCGACGCGAUUAUGUGCUCUUUUCACCGCUGAGGAGCUACAGACGAUAGGCUACGUCCUAGAGGGGACCGAUCGAGGGAGUACUGUCGAAACUUGUGUUACGCAGCCCACGGCUUCCCAGUCUUCGUCUAGUGGCACGCGGAAACAUGCGAAGCAGAGCUCGCGAGCCGCACGUGCGCUGCGUAUUGCGGCACCUGGAACAACCUCGCUGAGUAGCCGACGGCGAGCUGUUCAAGCAUCCGCAGUCACUGAAGCGACACGUCAUACAGACUCUGAGCAUGGAGAGUCACAAGGAGCGGCCGUGUCGGCUCCACAGGCACCAGCGGAGCUGGAGACUGCACUGCGCCACAUGUUAGAGCAGCUCCUGGCCAAACAGAAGCAAGUCAUUGGAGAUGGGGCUGACCAUGUACCCAACUUGUUGCUGGAUAUGUUGCGCGAGAAGGUCUUUCGCGAUGCUGAGCGAGCAGAACAAGUAUCUCCUCGAUGGACACCAGAUCUGGCCUCGGCACCAGCGCGAUAG